UUUGGUCUUCUCAUCUUCUUAAAACGUGAGUGAAAUGGAUUAUACAACAACACAGGCAGAUAAUCACAACAUUGCGAAUGUACGAGUAUGAGUUGUCAAAUUUCAAAUCAUUAGAGACAACAACAUGAGGAAAAACAAAUAUGUAAGAACAGACAAUACUGGCGCAAUCAGAUACUUUGACGAACUUGUUUCUGUGAAGCGAAGUUGUUCGCUUAGGAACUUUCUUUGCUCGGCUGUGAAUAUAAGUAUCAUUGAGAGGCUUUUGCCCUCCUUCAGGCUCUCCAACAUUGACCAAAUAAGCAUUGAACGUCUCACUGGAACAAACAACUUCCUUCUUGAAAGUCCUGCAUUCCAACAGCUGCUUGCUGUUAUCAUACAGCAUUACCUGUCAAAAAUCCAACCAUCGAUCACGGCAUGGCCUAAUCCACUCAGAACAAGCUCAAUCACGGAGAGCAUGACGACCAAAACCACAAAACAGAACAAUCCGUGAGGACAGUCAAAAUUGAAAACCUAUGCAGCAUCGAGCUGUUGCUAUCAAGCAUUUCUUCUACCUGCGGAGAGAAUAUAUACCUGCCUAUACGUUCACAGCUUGUUAACGCAUCAGAAGUGAAUUCUCAAGUCAUUCUCUAUCAUAAUCUCCACUGAUCAUAGUCUGAACAGUGCAAUACCAAUGGCCGAGUCUGUUGUAUUGUUUGUGGUAGAGACGAUAGAAAAGCUGCUCGUCGACGAGGCCAAAUUCUUGUGGGCUGUGAAGGGCAAGGUCGAGGGCCUGCAAAAUGAGCUGAAGCUGAUCCAGUGCUUGCUGAGGGAUGCGGACGCGAAACAAGAGCAAGCUGUUCGAGAAUGGGUCGCGCAACUCCGAGAAAUCGCCUAUGAUGCUGAGGACGUCAUCGAGCAAUACAUCCUCAGAGUCGCGCCGAAGAAGGGACAAAACAUCAUCAAAGCGUAUGCUUGCUUCAUGGCGAAGUGCACGUGCGUGAGAGCUCAUGAGGUGGGGAUAAAGAUUGAUGGCUUAAGAUCCAAUAUCUCCAAUCUUAGAACGAGUAUGCGGGAUUAUGGCAUACAACCUCCGAAAGAGGGCGAAUGCGAACGCAAGAGAGCUUCGACGUUGAAACAUACUUAUGCCCAUUUUGAGGAGGAUUUUGUCGGGAGGGAAGAUGGUAUUCAGGUGUUGGUGAAAGAGCUGUUGAAGGAUGGAGAACAACACAGAGUUAUUUCCAUUUGUGGAAUGGGUGGUUUGGGAAAACCACGCUCGCUAAGAAAGUCUUUGCUCAUGACAAAGUGAAGAACCAUUUCGAUAGUUUUGCUUGGGCUUGCGUAUCUCAAGAAUAUAACAUAGAAAAUAUCUUGGUAGAAAUUCUUGUUCAAUUGAUCCCUGAUCGAAUAAAGGAGAUUAAGAAGAUGAUAAUUCACCAAUUGUUAGAAACUCUAUACAAGACCCAAAAACAGAAGAGAUGUAUCGUGGUUCUUGAUGAUAUUUGGACCGAACAGGCAUGGGAUGGUCUUCGAGCUGCAUUCCCGAUCAAGGACACGAGAAGCAAGUUGUUGAUAACAACCCGCAAUAAAAAAGUAGCGGAGUAUAUCGAUACUCAUUAUUUUCUCCAUGAACCUCAGUGCUUGUCACACGAGGAGAGUUGGGUUCUGCUAAAGAAGAGGGUUUUC